GCUUGGAGUCGGUGGCUUUUGUGCAGGGAGUAGAAUAACAAUAAGCCAUGGCUUCUGAGGAGAGAGUGAGAGAGGAGAGGGGGGAGUGUCUCAGGCCAUCUCUCCAGGAACGGAACCCUAUUCCUCCAUAUAUGCCACGCUUUUGUUCUUGAAUCUAGCCCAAUUCUACACAGAAGGGGAGAUAGAAAAUUAGAGAGAGAGAGAGAGAGAGAGAAGAAAGAAUGUUCCCGUCCAAGAAGGCAACUGUGAGCUCACAUGAUCGGGGUAUGUGCGUCCAAGGGGACUCUGGCCUUGUCCUCACCACCGAUCCCAAGCCCCGGCUUCGGUGGACUGUGGAGCUCCAUGAUCGCUUCGUCGACGCCGUUACUCAACUCGGAGGACCUGACAAGGCCACACCGAAAACCAUCAUGAGAGUUAUGGGUGUCAAAGGUCUUACUCUCUACCAUCUCAAGAGCCAUCUCCAGAAGUUCAGGCUGGGAAAGCAACCUCACAAGGAACUCAAUGAUCAUUCUUUUAAGAAUGCUGCUUCCCUCGAGCUACAAAGAAACGCAGCCUCUUCAUCGGCAAUGAUGGGUCGUCACAUGAACGAGAACGUGCACGCUGAAGCAAUUCGGAUGCAGAUGGAAGUCCAUAGGCGACUGCAUGAGCAGUUAGAGGUGCAGAAACACCUCCAGCUGAGGAUCGAAGCGCACGGGAAGUACAUGCAGAGUAUCUUGGAGAGAGCAUGCCAAACACUGGAAGCUGAAAGCUUGGUUUCAGGAAGCUAUAAAGGCCAUGGGGACCAAGGAGUCGCCGAUAUGGGCGCCAUCAAAGAAAUGGGUUCUCCCAUGAGCUUCCCUUCGCUCCAAGAUCUCCACUUGUGUGGUGGAGACCAACUCGAUCUGCAAUCACAGGUCGAUGGGCCUCUCGACGGGUUUUAUCCGAUCAGCGACAGCAUUCUGGGGAAGAAGAGAAUGAUCUGGGCAGAUGAUCUGCGUCUACAGGAACUUGGAUCAACCUCGGCGUGCGUUGGACCCAAGGAAGAGCCAUGCUGCAAGAGCGAGCAGCUUCAGAUUGUACCAUCGGUGAUCGACGCGGCCAUCAGCUCCGAUCCGAUGGCAAAUGUUUACGAGGGAAAGCCUGUGCUCUCGAUGGAGAGGCCCGGGGAGAAGCAGUACGAAGGAUCAUUGAAGCUCGACAGGCCAUCUCCGAGAAGAGCUUCUCUUCCCAUGGAAAGGAUUAAUGCCAUGAUGGCGGGUGGUGCAGUGCCCCAAGCAAGCAACCGGUCUUAUGGCUGAGGUUUCCUAUGACCGCUUGCAAGAGAUUAACCAUGUCACCUUUAAAUAAGAGAUCGAGAUGGGGUUGUCUGCCUAACCAUUAAACUUGGAUUAGCUAUAAGUGGAGUACUUGUAUGAUGGUUAAAGCUACUGUUAUGACAUUUAUGUCCGUCAUUAUCUUUCUGUUUCUUGUGGGUGAGAUAGAAUGCUUCCUCCUGUAAGGAAGUGUACUGUGACAAUGCAAUGCAAUACAGAAUAGAUCUUAUUUCUCUCA